AUGUCAGAAGUUGAAAAAGUAUCAAUUUUGGGUGCCAAAACCAUUCAUGUUGGAUAUGGUAUUCAGGACCAUAUUGUUGAAGAAACCAUUACGAAUCAGGCUUCCUCGACAUAUGUGAUUAUAACUGAUACAAAUAUGGCUAGUACCCAACCAUUCAUAAGGUUGGUUGAAAAAUUUAAAGCAAAAUUGGUUGAAAAGAGACCUGAAUCUCGUUUGCUCAGGUACAAUGUAUCUCCGGGCGAAAAUAAUAAGAGUAGAGAAACCAAGGCUGCAGUCGAAGACUUCUUAUUGCAACAAGGAUGUACUAGAGAUACCAUAAUUAUGGCUGUAGGUGGAGGUGUUAUCGGUGAUAUGAUCGGUUUCGUGGCUGCUACUUUUAUGAGAGGUGUAAGGCUCAUUCAAGUUCCCACCAGUUUAUUAUCGAUGGUUGAUUCUUCAAUUGGUGGUAAAACUGCCAUUGAUACUCCAUUAGGUAAGAAUUUUAUUGGUGCAUUUUACCAACCACAAUAUGUUUUCGUCGACGUAUCGUUCUUAGAAACUUUACCAACUAGACAAUUUAUAAAUGGUAUGGCUGAAGUAGUGAAAACUGCAGCUAUUUGGAAUGAAAAAGAAUUUGUAAGGCUUGAAGAAUUUGCUGAAAAGUUCAUUUCUGUUGUAACACAGGAUAAUAUUGAGCUCAGUACGAUCAAAAAUGAUUUGGUUAAAACAGUUUUAGAGUCUAUCAAAGUCAAAGCUGAUGUUGUGUCAUCAGAUGAAAAAGAGGCAAGUUUAAGAAACCUUCUUAACUUUGGGCAUACUAUAGGACACGCUAUUGAAGCUAUUUUGACGCCCCAAGCGUUACAUGGCGAAUGUGUAUCUAUUGGUAUGAUUAAAGAAGCAGAAUUAGCAAGAUACUUAGGUAUAUUAUCUCCUGUUGCCGUUGCGAGGUUAUCUAAAUGUCUUGUAUCUUAUCAAUUACCAGUCUCACUAGAUGAUAAGGUAUUCUCAAAAAGAGUUGGCAAUAAGCGUCACUAUGUUGUUAUUGAUACUUUGUUAGAAAAAAUGCUCAUAGAUAAGAAAAACGAUGGUAGCAAAAUCAGAUGUGUUAUAUUAGAAGCUAUUGGUAAAUGCUACCAGUUGAAAGCACAUCAAAUAUCAAAGGAAGAAUUAAAAUUUGUUUUAACUGAUGAAGUAUUAGUACACCCAUUUGAAGCUGAGCAUGUUCCAAGUACCAAUACAAUCAUUCCGCCAGGUUCAAAAUCAAUUUCAAAUAGAGCAUUGGUUUUGGCAGCUUUAGGUUCCGGGACCGUUAGAAUUAAGAACUUAUUACAUUCUGAUGACACUAAGCAUAUGUUGGAUGCUGUAUCUCGUUUGAAAGGUGCAGAAAUAACUACAGAAGACAGCGGUGAGACUAUUGUUUUAACUGGUAAUGGAGGUAAAAUGAUAACGUGCGAACAAGAGUUAUACUUAGGAAAUGCUGGUACAGCAUCAAGAUUUUUAACAACUGUUGCUUCUUUGGUUGGUGUAAACCAAUCUUCGUCAAAUAAACAUGUUACUUUAACAGGUAAUGCUAGAAUGCAAGAGAGACCAAUUGGUCCACUUGUCGAUGCAUUGAGGUCGAAUGGUUCUUCUAUUGAGUACUUGAAUAGAGAAGGUUCAUUGCCAUUGAAAAUUGAAGCAGGCAAAGGUAUAAAGGGUGGCAGAAUUGAAUUAGCGGCUACUAUUUCUUCCCAGUAUGUUUCAUCUAUUUUAAUGUGUGCCCCAUAUGCACAAGAACCAGUUACUUUAUCAUUGGUGGGAGGUAAACCAAUCUCGCAGUUAUACAUUGAUAUGACUAUUUCCAUGAUGAAAGCCUUUGGAAUCAAUGUCACCAGAUCAACUACUGAAGAGCAUACUUAUCAUAUACCAAAAGGUGCUUAUGUGAAUCCACCUGAAUAUAUUAUUGAAUCUGAUGCUUCUUCAGCUACUUACCCGUUAGCAUUCGCUGCUAUGACUGGUACUUCAUGUACUGUUCCAAAUAUUGGAUCUUCUUCAUUACAAGGAGAUGCAAAAUUUGCAGUUGAUGUUUUAAAACCAAUGGGAUGUAAAGUUCAGCAGACUGCUACAUCUACUACAGUGACAGGUCCACCAAAAGGACAAUUGAAACCGUUACCACACGUUGAUAUGGAACCAAUGACUGAUGCAUUUUUAACUGCUUCUGUUGUUGCUGCGAUUGCAAAUGAUCCAUACCAGUCAACUUCAAUUACUGGAAUUGCGAACCAGAGAGUUAAAGAAUGUAAUAGAAUUGAAGCCAUGAUUACUGAAUUGGCAAAGUUCGGUGUCAAGGCUGAUGAAUUACCAGAUGGAAUUAGAAUCAACGGUAUUGAUUACCAUAAUUUAACCACUCCUUCGACUAAGGCAAGAGGAAUAAAGUCAUACGAUGACCAUAGAGUUGCUAUGUCAUUUUCAUUGUUGGCUGGUAUGUGUGCAAAUCCUGUUUUGAUCCAAGAAAGAUCGUGUACUGGUAAGACAUGGCCAGGAUGGUGGGAUAUUUUACAUACGAAGUUUAAGGCCUCGCUUGACGGUUAUGAAUUACCACUCAAUACUGAUGACCCUUCCUUAUUAAUAGAUAAACACGCAAAUGGAGAUAAAAGUAUUAUUGUUAUUGGUAUGAGAGCUGCAGGUAAAAGUACUUUAUCCAAGUGGAUGGCUUCCUUCAUGGGAUUUAAAUUGCUUGAUUUGGAUGAAGUUCUUGAGGAGAAAUAUGGUAUUGGGAUUAGACCACUUAUCAAGAAAAGUGGUUGGGAGGAAUUCCGUAGAUUGGAGGCUAUUGUGGCGAAGGAGUGCUUUGAAAAGUAUAAAAGAGGAUACGUUCUUUCAACAGGUGGAGGUAUUGUUGAAGGUAAAGAAGCAAGAGAAUCAUUAAAAGAAUACGUAAAGUCUGGUGGGAUAGUUCUUCACUUACAUCGUGAUUUGGAUGAAACGGUUGUAUUCUUAUCAGCAGACACUACAAGGCCAGCAUUUGUCAAUGAAAUCAAGGAUGUAUGGCUUAAAAGAGAAGGUUGGUACCAUGAAUGUUCAAACUAUCACUUUUAUUCCUCUCAUUGUUCAAAUGAACUAGAAUUCAAGCAUUUGAGAAAUUCCUUCAUUAGCUACUUAAAGACAAUCACUGGCUUGCAUGUUACAGAGAUUCAAAAAAAUAGAUCUGCCUAUGUUAGUUUGACUUAUCCAGAUUUAAAUGAAGCAGCUGAUUCUUUGGAGGAAAUAGCCACUGGGUGUGAAGCAGUUGAAUUGAGAGUGGAUCUUUUGAAGGAUUAUUCUAAGUCGUUCGUUGCCGAUCAGACAGCAACCUUAAGAAAGUAUGUAAACCUUCCAAUUAUCUACACUAUCAAAACAGAAUCACAAGGUGGUAAAUUCCCAGACCACGAAAUUGAACAAAUUGAAGAAUUGAGUUAUUUGGGUAUUAAAUUAGGAGUAGAGUAUUUGGAUAUUCAAUUAAAUCAUCCUAAUGCAUUAAUCCAUAAAAUAAUGGAAAGAAAGGCAUUUACCAGAAUAAUUGGUUCUUAUCAUGAUAAUAGUGGCCUUUUAGACUGGAAGAAUGUUGAAUGGGAUAAUAAAUACAACCAAGCUAUCUCUUUACAAGUUGACAUUAUUAAAUUGACAGGUGUUGCUUCAAGUUUCCAAGAUAAUUUAGAUUUAGAAACUUUUAGAUCUUCACAUGAUUUAAAACCAUUAAUUGCAGUUAACUUGGGUGAGAUGGGUAAGUUAUCGAGUGUUUUAAAUAAAGCGUUAACUCCAGUAACACAUUCCUUAUUACCACCCGAUGCUACAAGUGCUCAAUUAACCAUCGAUGAAGUAAACAAGUCAUUUGCAGAAAUCGGUGGAUUUGUCAACAAGAAAUUUUGGGUUGUCGGAUAUCCAAUAAUGCAUUCAAGAUCUCCACAAUUGCACAAUUCAGCAUACAAAAAGUUGAAUCUUCCUUAUACUUUCGACAGACUUGAAACCGACGAUGCGAGUGAAGUGUACGAGAAGUUAAUGAAACAAGAGAAUUUCGGUGGUUUAGCUGUCACAAUGCCAUUGAAGUUGGACAUAAUGAAAUAUUUGGAUGAAUUGUCUGAAGCGGCUAAGGCUAUUGGAGCUGUUAACACUGUUAUUCCUUUAGAAGGUCAACCAGGAAAGUUCUUGGGUGACAACACCGACUGGGUAGGAAUCACUAACUCCUUCACCAGAUACGGUGUUCCAAGUAUCGAGAACUCGAACGUCAACGGGCUUGUGGUUGGUGGUGGUGGUACGUCAAGAGCGGCCGCCUUCGCAUUGCAUGAAAUGGGAUGCCAAACCAUCUACAUGAUGAACAGAACUUCUUCAAAACUCUACGACAUCAAGAACUCGCUUCCAGCCCUGUUCAACAUCGAGGUCUUGGAAUCUAUUGACCAAGUUGAUGCAGCAAAGCCAGUCUCCUUGAUUGUCUCGUGUGUUCCUGCCGACAAGCCUAUGGACGACAAGCUUCUUAACAUGUUGGAAAGAAUGCUCCACCAAGGGAUUAUUAUCAAACAUGGUUCCUUUACUCCUACUUUACUCGAGGCCUCUUACAAACCAAGGCUCACCCCAGUGAUGAGAAUCGCUGAGGAAAAGUUCGAAUGGAACGUGAUUCCUGGUGUUGAAAUGCUUGUCAACCAGGGUGAAAGACAAUUCCAACUUCACACCGGCUUUACCCCUCCUUACCGUGUUAUUCAACACGCAGUGGUCUCCGAGUAA